AUGUCGAACAUUCAAAACCCAGAGAACAAGAAACUCUCGGACUUUAAAGUUUUGAAUUUUGAUGUCUAUGGGACGUUGAUUGACUGGGAGUCUGGUGUCAUCGAUGGGAUCGAACCAUUGCUUAACCGGUCCAACGAAACUUCUAGAUGGACUAGGAGGGAGAAAUUAGAUGCAUUCGAGGAGGUCGAAUCGGAGCUUCAACGCCAGCACCCAGAUAUGAUUUACUCCGAUAUACUUGCAAACACGCACAAGGGUCUCGCGGCAAGCUCGCCAUACUCCAAUGUUGACAACGAAACUUUCAAACACACUGUACAAAAGCUGGACAGCGAAGGUGCCAAGUUUAGUCAGAUUGUAACUGCGCAGGAUGUAGGAAGUUACAAACCUGACGAGAGGAACUUUCUUUACGCGUUAAAAGAGAUCAAAAAGAAUUUUGGUAUUGAAAAGGAGGAGGUUUUGGUUACAGCACAAAGCUUGUUCCAUGACCAUGCGCCAGCGAAUAACCUUGGGCUCAAGUCCUCUUGGAUUGCCAGAGAAAACGUAACUAUCGGAAGGAACUCUCCGGCCUCAUACACGUUCAAGUUCGUGACACUUGGAGCUAUGGCGGAUGCAGCCGAAGCAGAGUUUGAGAACAACCACUUGGUCGGACCCCUGACACGACCUCUCGCUGCAGAUGUCCCAGCAGAACCGCCGGAGUCGAAACCCGAUAGGAAGGGGUGCGGUCGUGGUCCCGCCGCAGAUUGCGCCGGCGCCGACACAUGCUUCACAGCCACAGCCACAGCAACCGCACCCACCAGUACAACAUGUUGCUGCCAACGACAAUCCGGAGCUGUUUGUCGACCUCAUAACGGCGCGCCGCUGUCAAUGUAUGUUGAGAAAGAUGUUCCUGGGCGAGAUGAGAUUAUUCGCUUGAUUGAGAAACACAGCGGGGUCGUGGCUACGGCAUACAGCACAGUCCCGUACAUUCUGGUGGACCCCACCAAAGAGUCGGGUCAAAACCUCUACCGCCAGUACAGCGCCAAGCGCGGCAAGACUGUCCUCAACGCGCAAUGGGUCCAUGCGUGCAUAACCGCAGGUCAACUCCAAACGUUUAGAACCAAUUAUGCCGGAUUCAAGGUUGACGGCACCGAGCACCCCGAGUCUCCUCGCGCUGCCACCCGUCGCCGCCGACGCACAGACCCUGCUCCGCCCCCUGGACCCGCCUUUACCGCCCAGAUCCAGUAUCAGCAAUGGCCUGAACAUCCACACUAUCCUACCCAACCUCAGCAGCCGUACUACACUGGUGCACCUCCCCCAACCCAAUGGGCUACUAACCAACAAUAUCCGGCUCUCACCGUACCGGUUAUCGAAGGCUCGGCCUAUCCACCCUACCCUGGCUAUCCCGGCGAUGAACAGGGCUGGGCAGCACCAGGAGAAGAUGCAGAGCCAUCGUAUUAUGAUCAUUUUCAGCAGCUUCCAUACGAAUACAUUCCCGCUCCUGCGCAAACCGUCGCACCCUCUCAGCCCGAGAACCCCUCACAAAGCCCAGAGCCUGCUGAACCGGAAGAGGAAGAAGAACCUCGUGGGCGAAAGCGCACCCGUAGCGGUCGCACUCGCAAUGUCUUGUCUGAAAAAGUUGACCCACAAAAGCUAGUUUCAGCCCGAGGACCUCCUGCUCGUUCGCCCGACCCUCCAGCACGGGUAGUCAAAUCCACACAUGGUGGUAAUCUCUUCACUGCCGAUGACGUCCAAUAUCUCAAGUCCUAUAUCGAAUAUUGUCAGAACCAAGGUCUGGUUCUUUCGCUACGAGAGAUAUGUGAACGUCUGGCUGUCAAGGCACCCCACCAUACCUUUUAUUCGUGGCGUCGCUACUGCAAUAAACACCAGAUUCGACUGGGGGCGUACACUAUGGAUGAUCCUGUCUCUGAAGAUCGAACAGGCCCCCCGCCUCCGAGCAAUGGAGCAGGAACACACCAACUUGCUGCUCCAUCUACCUCGGUCCGACCUUCGGUCGUGGGGCUGGGCCGUACAGACCGGAGCCCGACUCCACCUAGAGCCUUGUACCGAAGCACGACAGGCAAAGGAAUCGCGUUUACCGAGACAGACGUAACCUUCUUGAUGAAGUUUUUGCACUACCGCCGGCGCAAGAAUCCGGAGCUCGAUAUGGUCCAGUUUUGGAAGGACGUGGCCGAGCGGGCCCCACAUCAUUCUCGCGCAUCAUGGAUGAAAUAUUGGCGCCGGCAUAAACAUGAACUCGAGGCCGAUCCGUCCAUGGCUGCCAACCAACCCCCAACUACUUCGUUCUCUCAUCCUUCAACAAGUGCUGCCGCAUCCACCUCUACCAGUGCCCCCGACCAACCACUUCCACAAGGACCGCCUCAGAAACGCAAGCGUUACGACAAUGAAGAUGACCUUUUACUGGCUCGAUAUUUUGCUACUGGCCCACAAGGAACGUCUGACGCUAUCUUCCAGCGCUUUGCCCAACUGCAUCCUCAUCACCCAUGGAAAGGCUGGCAAGAGCACCACAGGAUCCACAAGAACCAAAUUGACCAUCUCAUGAAAAAGAUCCUUGCAACUAAUGCGGCGGCCGCCAUGGCAGCUGGAGCACAACCUCCCGGAUCGACAAACGGAGUGGGAGAGGGCCUGAGAGACUUUGGGCUAGAUGCGAUGGAGGGGUAG